AUGGUCCCCGUGGCUCAGAAUCCAGAUCAUGUUGCUAACACGGGACAAUCAGUUUCCGCUCAUUUGAUGCCCGGACCACGUCCCGGUUUGGUUCUGCAACCCCAAACCGUCUCCCAGUCUGGUCAGCUUGUUCAUGUUCUGCCGGCAAGCACGACUGUAACCAUGGGACCGCAACCAACUGCCCUAGGAGUGAAUCGGCCGCCGCGAUUGUAUACGAUAGCUCCACAGACAAAUCAAUCUCUACACAUGCAACAAACUGUUUACCAAACGCAACCUAUCCCCCAGCAACGCACGGACAACCAAUCUGGUAUUCAGCAGCUACAACCAAAUCAGCCUGGUGCCGUGUUAUCCACUCCGAAUCGAGUUAGUUUCAUGGAUUCUUACAAAUUAUGUUAA